AUGGAAUAUCGCUUGUGGUUGGCUGGCAAAGAGCAAGAUGGGAAUGCGGACCUCAUUCCCAUCGAAGAUCCAGCGACUGGAGAGAUCUUCGCGCAGUGCCAUGCAGCCUCGCCAGACGAUGUCGAGACCGCCAUCUCCGCCGCCCACGCAGCAUACAAGUCCGGCGUAUGGUCGCGUGCGAGUCGCCAUCACCGUGCCGACGUGCUAGACAAAUGUGCAGCGCUUCUCUCCGAUGCCCUUCCACUACUCAUCUCCACAGAAUCAAAACAGACGGGUCGAGUGAUUCGGGAAAUGAAGGCCCAGGUCCCAUCUUUGACAAGAUGGCUCAAAUACUAUGCUUCACUACUAAGAGUGGAGGAGCGAUCUGUCCUCCCAACGAUGGGUAAACUGCAUAACUUUGUCGACCGAGUGCCUCUCGGAGUAGUCGUUCAGAUCACCCCGUUCAAUCACCCACUGUUGAUCGCCGUGAAGAAGCUUGCCCCAGCCCUUGCCGCUGGAAACAGUGUUAUAAUUAAGCCUAGCGAGCUAACUCCAUUGACAACUCUGUUGCUGGGCAAAAUUCUACGCGAGGCGGGAAUUCCCGAUGGCGUGUUCAGCGUCUUACCUGGUUAUGGGGCUAUCACCGGCAAAGCACUGGUUGAACAUCCCCUAGUAAAAAAGGUGGAUGUGACUGGUGGCACCCAGGCUGGCAGGGCAAUUGGAAAGAUUGUUGGAGGAAAUCUAGCAAAAUAUACUGCCGAGUUGGGUGGAAAGGCACCCUUGAUCGUGUUUGAGAAGGCCAACAUCGACACGGCAGUCAACGGAAUCGUCUUUGGAAGCUUCAUCGCAAGUGGACAGACAUGUGUGGCUAGUACCAGGAUUAUAGUGCAAAGGACGAUCAUCGACGAGCUACUGAGCAAGCUCAGGGCCAAGAUGGAGAGCAUUACACGCCGAAUUGGGGCUCCAAGCAACCCGGAAUCAACAAUGGGGCCACUUAUCUCCGAGAAGCAGUUGCGAAAUGUGGAGCGCCUAGUCAACAGUGCCAUGGACGGAGGAAAUGCGAUCGCCAUCAUUGGUGGAAAGCGGAUGGUUUCGCAAAGCCCGCUUGACGGAUUCAACCUCGAGAAGGGAUACUUCUACGAACCAACUCUACUUCAAUCCAGCGACGGAAGUAAAAGCAACAGUAUUUUGAAGACGUCUAUCUGGUGCGAGGAGGCAUUCGGCCCUGUUAUUGUGGUUGCUGGUUUCGAUACCGAGGAAGAAGCAAUCGCAUUGGCAAAUGACAGCGAGUUUGGGUUGGGAGCCGGUAUCUGGACGCUUGAUCUUCCCCAGGCUUUCCGAGUGUCGGAGCAGAUCGAUGCAGGGAUUACUUGGGUAAAUACCCAUCACCGAAAUGACCCUAGCAGUCCAUGGGGAGGUUCAAAGUCUGCGAGUGGAGUUGGAAGCGAGAAUGGGAUUGAGGCUUAUAAUGCCUACACAACAUCGAAAAGCACAAUCAUAAACUAUGCUUCUCCUGAUGAGUCCUUGGCUGCGGAUGACUGGUUUGGGGAUGGCUCCGGCAAUGUUAGAUAUGGUUGA